GGCGAGGCGCCGGGGCCGCUGCGCUGCGGGAGCUGCCCCGGAGCGCUGCGGGGCUCGUCGGCCGCCGCCGAAAGGGAUGUGUAACAGCAGGAGAUUGCUUCCCGCUAUAAAUUCUUCAUGGCGUGCUACCCCAUCCUACUAAAAGCACACUCAAGCCCUCUGUGAACACACGCGUGCAGGAUUUUGCGGGGUGGAAGAUGCUUCAAAAAAACUUGUACUGAAUUUAAGUAGGAUCAGGACCAAUUGGUUGGCAAUGCUGCGCCCUUUCCUUCAUCCUAAAAUCCUCCUUGGAUGCUAACUGGCAGUUUUAGCUUCAGAAGGAUUACAAGACUGGAUUAGCACCAACUCUUUUUUGUUUUUCUGGACACUGACUCAUCCAGGAGUCCUUAAGGAGCUAGGGGGAAUGCAUAUGAGGAGCUCAGGAAUGAAGAUAAUGAAGAGAACUUCCUGAAGGUCAUGCAAAGGCAAAUUUGGCUAGUGGGGAAUCGCCUUCCAGAAUAGACUGCAGCCUCAGCCUUCCACUGAAAGAGCUGCACAAGGUGAUGGCCGCGCCGCGGCGGCCGGCAGCGUUCCCCACGGACCAGGCGCGGCGCAGGUAGCGCGGCUCCAUGGAGGGCAGCGGCGCGGCCCCGGAGGAGGAGGAGAGCGGGGCCGCCAACGGCGCUGCCAACGGCGCUCCCCCGCCGCCACCGCCGCCCACGCCGGCCGCCCCCUGCGGCUUCAGCUCCUCCCUCUGCUUCAGCGCCGCCGCUGCCGAGCCGCAGCCGCCCGCGGCCGGUGGCCGGGUGGUGCAGAGCCAGUGGGAGAUCAACAACGCCGCCUGCCAGCCGGAGGAGGAGGAUGAGGACGUGGUGGGGCCGCGGGACCGGCCGCCGGAGGAGCCCGACCUGGUGAUCGAGGUGUCGGGCCGCCGCAUUCGGGCGCACAAGUCGGUGCUGGCGGCCAAGAGUGACUAUUUUCGUGCCCGCGCCUCACGGGACGUCCUGCGGGUGAAGGGGGUGAGCUACGGGGCGCUGCGGCUGCUCAUCGACUACGUGUACACGGCCCGCAUGGGCGAGGUGAGGCACGACAACCUGGCCGAGGUGGUGAGCGGCGCCCGCGUCCUCCAGAUGCCCUGUGCUCUGCACUGUGCCGCCGAGGCCAUGCGCGCCCAGCUCUGCCUCGGCAACUGCUACCAGCUCCUCUGCCUGGCCAAGAAGCAGCGGCUGGCAGAGCUGCGGGAGGCUGCCUAUCGCUUCAUGAGCGACCACUACCUGGAGGUGCUGCGGGAGCCCAGCGUUUACGGCCGCCUCAGCGGCGCCGAGCGGGACCUCAUCCUGCAGCAGCGCAUGGAUGCCGGCCGGCCCUGCUUGCUGGUGGCCGAGGUCAGCGACGCCUUCGAGCGGCCGGGUGGUGGCAGCCGGCCGCAGAGCCGCGAGAGCAGUCGGCCGCAGAGUCCCUCCUCCGUGGUGUCGCUGGAGGAGAGUGGCUCCCUCAUUCACUGCUACCAGGAGUCCAGCGGCGAGUGGAGGGUGCUGACGCGCCUGCCCGAGGAGGCCAACGCCAAGGGCUGCGCCAUGUGUGUCCUCCACAACUACCUCUUCCUAGCGGGUGGCAUUGUGACAGGGCCGCUGGGCAGCGAACCCAGGGCCCGCCUUUCCGACAAGGUCUUCUGCUACAACCCCCUGACCGACACCUGGAGCCAGGUGCGGCCGCUGGCUCAGCCCCGCUCGCAGCUCAAGCUGCUGGCCCUGGAUGGUUACCUCUAUGCUGUGGGCGGUGAGUGCCUCUUCACUGUGGAAAGAUACGACCCGCGGGCCGACCGCUGGAGCCCUGUGGCGCCCCUGCCCAAGGGUGCCUUCGCUGUGGCUCACGAGGCCACCACUUGCAACGGGGAGAUCUAUGUGUCAGGAGGCUCCCUCUUCUACCGCCUGCUCAAAUACGACCCCAAGCGUGACGAGUGGCAGGAGUGCCCUUACAACAGCAGCCGCCGGCGCUCUGCUGACAUGGUGGCCUUCAAGAACUUCAUCUACCGCUUUGAUGUGAGCAGUGGCCGUGGCGGGGAGCAGGGCCCAGGCGGCGGCACGAGCGGCGGUGUUGAAGUUUUCCGGUACAACACGGUGGCCAAGUGCUGGAGCCAGUGCGCCAGCCUGCGGCCCAGCGCUGGCCCCAUCCAGCCCUUCCGCUGCGCGCCCUUGGGCAACACCAUCUACUGCGUCAACCGGACCGGCACCCUUCGCUUCAGCCUAGCCCAGGACGGUGAGGUGGAAGCAGAUGGUGGGCUCAAGGGCACCUUUGACGGGGAGCUUCUUAAAGCUCCCUUGGACGCCAAGGGUGUCCUCCUACCCUUCGUGCUUACCCUGCCUGAGAGGCUGGACAAAACGGGGGACCAGGAGGGCUCCCUCCCACUGUAAGGUGGCCAGCCUGGCUCUGGCUUCCUGGGAGGGGAGUUGGGUUGCACGAACUCCCGUCUGCAGAGGACACCCUCUGUGUUGUGUCUGCAGAGGAAAGGGACUUCCUCCUCUCUGCUCUCAAGAUGUUGAGCUGGUUUUAACUCAGUUGUAACUCUUCUCAUGUUUGCUGUGCUUUGUGGGAAAAGCCAAGCACACAAAAGUGAAAGCUGCUAUAAAGGAUAAUCUCUGGAUUAUGUUUGUGCCAAUCCCCAAUCUGAGAAAAAUGUUUUUACACCUGGAUUUCUAAAAUAUUUGUGACGACAGUGUCAUAAUGGAAUGUUAGUGUUCGUUGUGUGUUUACACAUAGUUGCAAUCUGGGCUGGAGAUUUUUGUGUCAUUUGUGGUUUUUUCCCCUCUAGGAUGAUACUGAGGGAUAAACAUUGCUGGCAGCAUAGUUUAGAUGCAUUUGUUUUCAUGUUAAACCAACUAUUUCCUAUGUUUAAAAAGUAUAGGAAGAACAUCUCCAUCACAGCCUUUCAUUUCUGGUGCAAUAGAUGGUUUAAGGAAGCUGUGUCACUGUAGUAGUCCCAGGAAUUUCAACCACAGAUGAUUUAACAGAUACCAAGCUUAAUGUUUUAAGUAACACAAAUGUGUGCCACAUGUUUUACUUGGAAUGAAAAGAAAAAAAAAAGGUCAAGUUACCUUUUUAAAAUGUGGCAUUUUAUGGUAGAAUACAUUUGAAAAAGGCAGUGGUUUCUGUAUGAAAAUAUACUGUUUAGUUACUUUUUUUGAUCAGAGAUCUUAAAUUAAAAAUUAGCUGAAGCUGUUCAGACUGCAACCAGUUGACAUGACCAUGUAUGCCACUAGAGCUGGGGAAAAACUUUGUUCUUCGUAUGCUCUUUAAUUGACUGCAGGUCAAGGAAGGUUAACCUAAACCAACCUGUGGCAAACAGCCUUUCCCCCUUAUUUCAAGACCAUCAGAAGAGGACAUGGAAAAUAGGAAUGUGCUACACAUGUUGAUUAUAUUGUGCAUUAGCAUGAUGUUAAUUCCUUAUCUUUUGAUUGAGAGACUGCUUUAUUUAUUUUGAACUAAUGAUUGCUGUAAUCAAUAAGUCCUUGUUAAUUGCAGUACAUGCUGAUGGCGUACGCUGUCGUCGUGAUUCUAAAUGGCCAAGAGUGCUGUUUGUGGGGCAGCAUCCAAAUGAGGCAGAACCAUACAAAACUUCUUCCUGCCUGUGGAAAGUUGGAGUACACUUUUUUUGUUGGAGCACAAUGUUUGUCAUGUUAUUCAGAUCUGGAAAACGUAAAAUGUCUGCACAGACGGACUAUAUUGAUAAGGGCACAUGCAUUUAUUUUAUACAUUUUAUAUGUUAAAAAAAAUCAAUAGGCAAAGCAAAUGUUUUAGCUUUAUGGUAAAUCACUGAGAAACCUUUUCUGAACAAAGAACCUGUGUUUUUGCUGGUACAUUGCUGUAUAUUCAGCAUGGAACUCGCAUGGACUGUGGAAAAGAACUGUUUAUACUCAAAGCUCUAGUAUAGAUUCAUAUUUUAGAAAGGUAUAGGGACCUUGCAUCAAAAAAAGCAGAUAUUUUUAUGUUUUAUUAAGAUGUUUUUGUUAAACGGGACUUUAGCAUUCUUACACAUAAUUGCUAGUUCCAAAGGAAGGCAGCAGGCUCUGUCCUACGAGACACCAUCUGUACAAAGAAGAAUAGGAAACUUCAUAGAUAACUUCUUUUCCUUUCCUUUAAUGUUUGGGGUUUUUUUCCUCUUCUCGUUGUUGCACAAGGUUUUAAUGCAGCUGAUCUGGUUAGUCAUUCUGUAGAAAACAGUGGUCCAGUCCUAGAAGUUCUUAGCCAAGCGAGGCUGUUCCCUAGUGAGCUAAUUAAAGCAUCAGCCAGACAGGAGCUGUAGGCCUGUGGAGUGUGACAUUUAUCUUAGCCUCAGUACAGGUUGGUGCAGUGGAAUUUAACAUCCUUCGCAGAAUAUUUGAUUUAAUUCUCAGAUGAGAAUCCUUGGAAAUAUUGACUCUAAAUUAAAUUACAGCGUUGUAGCUUGAGCAGGAAAGAAGAAUUACAUGUUUGCUUUCAGCAUAAUUUUUAUGUUAACUGUAGAAAGUAUUUCAAGCUGUGUAGUGCAAUGCUUAGGUGCAUACUUAAACUAGAGAUGCAAGUGCUAGGCCAGCUCUUGAAAUAGUAGCACCACCAGGAACAAACAAAAGGAAAUGUAUGUUUUAUCUUGCAAUGCAACGCAAUUUCAUAGUUCAAAGACUUACGUAGUAUAGUUCUUAUACUACAGCAUAGUGAGGUAUCAAGCCAGGUUUUGCAUUCCUAUUAAUUAAGCACUUCCAUUCUGCUAAUGCAUGAAAAUGCUUCUAAAUGAGUUUUGGGAAGUUUCCAUGAUUUGAGAUGUGACAGUAAUCCACAAACUUUUGGGAUAGAAUGAACCGUAUCCUUUCUUCCAAUAUUUAUUGCUGUACACUGUGAAGAAAUACAUUUGGAACUAAGUUCUACAGUAAUAAGUGUUCAGCAAACCUGCGGUGGUUUGUGUUUUUGCUAGCUCCUGUUUUUAAAAGAAGUUGAAUCAAGCGCUUACCUGCUUUCACUGUUUACACAGUGUCAGUGGGGAGUCUGGGCUUCAUUAGUAGCUGUCUAUCAAACGUGUUUCCUUUGUACACUGCAUAGUCACAGCCUGUGAUUAACAACAGAGGCAUGUUUCUAGCCAGAUUUCCUACUCUGUGGCCUCUGCUUCCUCCCUGGCAGGCCUGAGGCAGGUUUGCUGAGAAUUGUUUUUUUCCCCCAAUUAUAUCUUCACAAAGAAAUGCCCCCUACCAAACUUUGGUACUAAAACCAGAAUUUAGAUAGUCUUCAGGCAUUUAAAGACUGAAAUUGUCAUUUUGGAACCCUACUGUUUUACUUAAACCUAGCAACAACUAUUUCUUUUACAUGUGGAGCUGCUGAGCAGUUCCCCUCCACCCAUUUGGAAAUGCUCAGAGCAGUUCCAAACCUACCUACCAAGUGGGAUAUCCAGAAACCACUGAUGUAAUAGGGUUUAAUUUAGGUACAAACCAAAGGGCUAGGCCACCCUCGAGUUGUGUUCGCAUAUGUUUUGCUUUUAAAACAGCCAUUUUAUAUAGAGUAGCCUGAAGUCUACCGUAUUUGCAUAGGAACAUGGAGAGCUGUGUGUGCUUUCUUAGCCUGCAAGCAUUCAGUCCGUGUCUCCCACCCUCUGGUUGUCAAUGGACUAAAGGAACUCUUGGAGCUAGUCCAUAUUUAUGCAUUUUGCAUUGUGUGUUAAUUGGCUGAAAGUCUCACAAAUCAUCAAGGUAGUCAUCCUCAGAAUGAUCUGAGACUAACUAGAGGGACACAGUCUGCCCUGCUGUCUUUCUUCCCCCUGAAUUUUACAGUCCUCUUAUUUUAAUGGGACACGGAGGAGAUAGUUGCCCUAAUUUUUCAGGGAGUAAUUUUUCCUCUGUAGACUGCUCCCGUUUUGAAGGUCGUCUGCUAGAGAAUUUAGGCUUGAAUUCCCCUAAGCUGAGUAAGGACUGUAUUGGGGCCUUGCACUGUGUUUGUGUGUGUGUGUGCACACGCCUGUGCUCUCAAAUCUUGAUAGCUGUUCAGGAGAAGUACAUUGGGACCACCUCCUGUGGCUCUUUCUCAGGGGUGAGCUUCAUGCAAAUCCUCCAAAAGCACACAUAGGCUCAUGUACAUUGAGUUCUGGGUAGAUUCCAGGCCUCACCUCCUAGAUGGGUAAUUCAACAUAGAUUUAGUACAAGUUGCUACAGCUGGGCAAGUUUUCUUUGGAAAGCUUUUGCAGACAGGCUCUGUGUCUUGAGUUACCAGUCUGAGGUGGGCUACUCCAUGCACUGUACUGGGAGGCCAAACAGGUAAUUUGGAUUCUUCUCAGAGGUACUACCUUAGUAAAGAGGCAUUGCAGUACCUAACAGUGAAAUGCCUAAAGCCUUCCUUGAAUCUAAAACUAAAUCCCUAUUUCAAUAAAGAAAUGCUGUUAACAGAUGAAAUUUUACUGUUUCUAUUAACUGGUUCCAUAAAAUAUAAAUCUUAAUUGCAGCAAAAGCAUGUGUACAAAUUCUAUUAACACUUGAAACUAAGUAAAAAAAUAAUUGGCAAAAGAAUAACCCUGUUUGAACAAAACUGGGGCUGUUAAGCAACAUGGGGAGGAUGUUAGUCAUACCCUAGUAAUGACUGAAAUUGUGCAGUUGCUGAUGUAAAUUCUGUCCACAGAAAGAUUCUUUGUAAAUAAAUACCUGGUAAAACAUAAAGUGCUAAAAGAAUAAAUUACUCACAUGAAAGCCAUACCUCUCCUGUGCUGUUUGAUUGGCACUCAGAGUGCUGUAUCCCAAUUACCACUAUUCAUGAGUGACUAUUGCUUUUCCUGAUUUACAUCGUGUAUUCCAUUGACUGCCCCAUAGAUAUGUUAGUCUUCAUUGUCACAAAGCUUAACAGUGGUGCUGGUGCUUUGUGUCUGGACUGAUAUGUAGUGUUUUCUCCUGGAAUGAAUCCAGAUCUAGAGAGAAUCCCAUCUUUGGGCUUUUUUUUUUUUUUUUUUUUCCCCAGUAGCAUUGCUCCUGGAAAAAUUAAGAAAACACAGAAGGGGAAAUGGUAGUACUGUUGAGCAGUCAUAAUAGAAAACAUUUUAUAAAUUUCUCUUUUUUCUGCUGUUAUUUUGCAUACCAGAUUGGUGCUGGUUUAACAGAACAGCUCUGCUUGGCUAUUACCAAUAGUAUGAGUCUGAGAACUAUUGUAGCAAAGUGUGUUCUUACCUAUUUGCUGCCUCAGCUCCUCCUCUGAGGUAAUGUAGUGCAAGUUUGUAACAGUUCCAUGCAUUUACUAGGUUACUGGAACUGUUCUGACGUUAUGUUACGGCUACCAAAAGCAGAGAUUGACACACAAGCUCAGUAAAAUUGUGCGCUCAGAAUAUGUAAUCGCAUACUUUUCAUUUGUUUUGGCCUGCUGAAUGCUGAGAGCUGCUGGAAUGAACCCAAUGGUAUUAGGAAUCAGCAGGAGUGCUGGUUUUAGCUUGGGUUGAGUUAAUUUUCUUCACAGUAGCUGGUAUGGGGCUGUGUUUGGGAUUUGUGCUGAAAAGAGUGCUGAUAAUAGAGAUAUUUUCAUUGUUACUGAGCAGUGCUCACACUGAGCCAAAGCCUUUUCUGCUCCUCACCCCACCCCACCAAAGAGGAGGCUGGUGGUGCACAAGGGCUUUGGGGGGGACACAUCUGGGACAGCUGACCCCAUCUGACCACAGAGAUAUUGUAGACCAUUUGUUAUGCUCAGCAUAUAAAGUUGGGGGACGAAGAAGGAAAGGAGGACAUUUGGAGUGAUGGUGUUUUUCUUCCUAAGUCAUCUCUAUGUGUUGGAGCCCUGCUUUCCUGGGGUGGCUGAACACCUGCCUGCCUAUGGGAAGCAGUGAAUUAAUUUCUUGUUCUGCUUUGCUUGCAGGUGCAGCUUUUGGGUUGGUUAUUAAGCUGUCUUUAUUUCAACCCAUGAGUUUUUUCACUGUCCUGAUUGUCUCCCCCAAAUCACUGGGAGGAGUGAGUGAGUGGCUGUGUGGGGCUGAGCCACUGGCUGGGGUUAAACUGAAACAACAGGCUAUUUUGGAGACUAACUUUCAUGAAUUUCUCAAAGGAAAGAAAUGGGAUUGAGGGAUAGAAGGGAAGAGAUGAAUUCAGAGUCACAAGUACCUACUGUAUAUCCAGUUGAAACAAAUAGCAGGGAAGGGAAACCACAGUUGGUACUUGAGACAGUGAUGACUAUAGGGCCAGGAUUUUUCAAGUAUUUCUUAAACAGGCUGGGUUUUUGCCAAUUAUAUUGCUAGUCUUACCAUUUUGCACCUGCAAUGCUUCUCAAACCACCACAGUGUUUAGUAAGCUACCUUUUGCAGGAGUAUGUUGCUUUGCUUUUACAUCUUAGUGGAUAAACCCUCGACAAAUUUGUGAAAUCAUGAAAUAGCAAUGUCAAUGCUGCCACUUUCAACAGAUUAACUAAUGCAAGUUCUUUAGACACUGUUCACAGUUCAGGUGAAUUAUAUGUGUAACUGAUGUAUUAAUAGUUUCAUUUUUGAAGCAUAUAUAGGUAAAGCUUUUUAUGUACUCCCAGUUUAUGUUGUAAUGAAAUAAAUAUUUCAAAAAAAGCUUA